AUGAGUCAUAGAAAAUCUCAUUCAUAUGGAAGCAUACCCUUUUCUUGGGAGGACAAGCCAGGAAUUUGUAAGACUCCAACAAACAAGGACUAUCCUCUAAAUAUCAUAAAUCCAAAACCAUUGACCAAAUAUUCACCUAGUAAGAACAAAAACAUCCUAGAAUUGCAACAAGACAAGAACAAGAUUCCUAUUCCUUUGCCUCCAUGUCCAACACAACCUCCUCAAAGAAGCAGUUCCGGGAAGGGAUUCAAAUUACAACAAGACCCUUUUCUUGUGGCGUACAAGGAAUGCACUAAAACUGAGAAAAGUUGCAAGUUUCAAAGCAAGAACAAAAAAGGUGUUGGGUUUAAUAAUUGUGUAAGUUUAAGGAGAGGCUAUUGUUUUUUUUCAUGUAGAAAGGCAAUGGAUGUAAAGGAUGAUAGUUAUGUUAAACUCUCUGAGCUUCCUCGUCUUCCUAAACAUAGAGAUCGAUCUCAAAUGUUUGAAGAUGUGCAUCAACGAGGUUUUAACUAUGAUUCAUGGUUGUGA